UCAAAAUGACCAGACGAAAACCUGGAAAACGAUGGAGAAGGACAGGUAAUGAAGAAGACCCAAGUAAACGACCAAGACGGGCUGCACAAUUGUCAUCCCUCCCUGCAGCCACCAGUGUUCAUGUGGAGACUGAUCAGCAAUAUUUAGGAGGUAGCAGCAGCGGAACACAGCAGGGAGUUGUGCCUCCUGGAGGAACCCAAAACGCUGCACUUCAUGGGGAACACGCCCAACCUCCAGGUGUCCAUGCAGGAUAUACCACACUCACUCUCGGACAUCAAGCCUCUCACCACCUGCCAGCACAAGGUAGCGUGGCACAAGAGAGUAUUUCAACUGUUAACUCUAUCAAAGACAAUGAAGAACCAUCUUCCAGAUCAGCCUUCAGUGAUCCGCCUGAUGACCUAACAACUGAACUACAUGGCAAUGCUGAGUAUGAUCUAUCUCAAUUAUUUGAGGAAGCUCUCCCUGAUAUGGGGGAUUGGACAUAUGAUGAUGGACAUUUGUUCAGUGAGGGAUUUGAAGAGGGUUUGAGUGAGGACUGUGCAGAAGAGUCAAAUUUCAAGGACACAACACACAAACCAUUAUAUGACAAUGCAUCAAUAACUGUUGCAGAGAGCCUUCUGAUCAUCAUGGCUUACGUUAACUGUCAUAAAGUAACUGAUAAGGCACUUAGUGAUUUGCUUAAAAUGUUCAAAUUGCUUUGUCCUGAUAGUCUGAAUACAGACUGCUUAAACAGUGUACAAAAGUUAAAAGAGUUUUUUUUCUCACAUGCUGCAUCAUCUCCUAUUGUAUUGCAUAAAUAUUGCAGUAAUUGUUUUGGGUCAUUAGAAGGUGAAGUACAAUGUCUAUCUUGUGGGACCAGUGUGUCAGAAGAAAGAUCCUCAUCCUUCAUAGAGGUUCCAAUUGAGGCUCAAAUAAGGUCAUUGUUUCUCAAGCCAGGUUUUCAGGAGAAACUUAACUUUAGAUUAAGCAGGAAGAAGACAGAUCUUAACAACAUUGAAGAUAUAUAUGAUGCAGAAAUUUACAAACAGCUUGUAGAUGGGGGUGGUCCUCUUAGUGAUCCUAAAAACAUCUCACUUACUUGGAACACAGAUGGGGUACCUAUUUUCAAAUCGUCCAAGUUUUCAGUGUGGCCUUUUUAUUGUAUCAUCAAUGAACUGAGUUUCAUGGAACGCACAAAAAGAGAGAAUAUGAUAUUUGCUGGACUUUGGUAUGGGGACUCAAAACCAUCCAUGGUUACAUUCCUUAGACCACUAGGUGACACACUCAGUAAACUUGCAGAUGAUGGAAUUCUUGUGCAACCUGCUGAGUUGACAGCUGAACCUUUUGUGUGUAAAGUGCUCACCAUUGCUGGAACAUGCGACUUACCUGCUAAAGCAUUAGUACUUAAUUCAGUGCAAUACAAUGGGAAAUUUGGAUGUCAUAAAUGUGAGCAGCCAGGAAAGACUGUAAAGACAGGGGAAAGGGGACAUGUUCAUGCAUUUCCAUACCAACAUAGAGAUCCAAAAGGCCCACUGCGCACAAAUGAAAAGUUUGCUCUUGAUAUGAAAAUCUCAAAUGAGACCAAAACCACCGUUAAAGGGGUGAAGGGUCCCUGUUGUCUUAGCAAACUUAAAAGUUAUAACCUUAUCAAAGGCACUGCUAUAGAUUACAUGCACUCAGUCCUUCUUGGGUAA